GUACUUCAAAAUCUAAACAGAAGCUAGUAAACAUAUUAUAAUGGGUGAUUUCAUAGCAGAUUUGAGCUUUCAUUCUUCUUUAGCUUGUUUAGGAAUUGACCCAAUGAUGGAACCAAUCAACCAAUUUGUAGGGACGAGCCAAAACACCCCGGAAGUUCCAACCUUGAAUUUGCAGAGUUCGAUGCCAAAUUUCUACCCCAGUGGCAGCUACUUCAGCCACCAAGAGUCUGAUUUUCCGGAAAUUUGGACACAAAAUUCUCAAGGUAUUAUCCAUUCUAGCACCCAGAAUGAAGGGCCAGUUGUUCAGUCCAAUGACACAGCCAAAGUGGAAUCUAUUGGAAGCAAGAAGAGAAAAGCGAAGGAUUUUUCAGAAAGUAGUUCCGGGAGUUCAUCUCCUCAAGUUAUCAAGAGAAGAAAUGGUUUUGGCAAAGGAAAGAGGGUAAAAGGCAAUGAAGAGGAACCAAAGGAAGUGGUUCAUGUCAGAGCUAAAAGAGGUCAAGCUACCAAUAGACACAGUUUGGCAGAAAGGGUUAGGAGAGGGAAAAUCAAUGAGAAAUUAAAAUUGUUGCAAGAUAUUGUCCCUGGAUGCUAUAAGACUAUGGGUAUGGCAGUAAUGUUGGAAGAGAUAAUUAAUUAUGUAAAGUCCCUACAGAAUCAGGUUGAGUUUCUUUCUAAGGAGCUCACUGCAGCAUUCAGAUUGUCUAACUUCAGUUCAGAAACAGAUGGUUUAGAAACAAUGCAGAGGGUAAAAGAACAGGAGGGAAAAGAGCUGGAAAGAUUGAUCAGAGAAGGAGGAUAUGGUGGCCCUUCUUGCUUCAACUCAACAUGGCCUCUUUAAGUCUUCAUUUCUGGAUCUUACUCAUGGUUCUGUCUCAAAACAUAUAACAUGUUCUAAACAUUUAGGAAUACCUUUUGUUUCGAGUACCUCAUUGUCUCAAAUCAUUCUCAAUCAAGCAUGGGUCAGGUACAUGUAAUUGCUAGCUUGUUAAUAAAUAAGAAAAUUUCAU